UGCUAAUCUUGCUGUUACGCAGUUUCAGAGAAACGAAACUUAACUCUGUCUCUGUCAGAGAAACACAGCUAAACUCCGUCUCUGUCAGGGUGAUCAGUGAAAUGGCUGAGGCUAAUAUCUCGGUGGAUCAGGACCAGUUCAGCUGUUCAAUCUGUCUGGAUAUCCUGAAGGAUCCGGUGACUAUUCCCUGUGGGCACAGUUACUGUAUGGGCUGUAUUAAGGGCUGCUGGGAUCAGGAUGAUCAUACUGGUGUCUACAGCUGUCCCCAGUGCAGACAGACCUUCACCCCUAGGCCUGUUCUGGGCAGAAACACCAUGCUGGCUGAAGUGGUGGAGAAACUGAAGAAGACAGGACUCCAAGCUGCUCCUCCUGCUCACUGUUACGCUGGACCUGGAGACGUGGCGUGUGAUUUCUGCACUGGGAGAAAGCACAAAGCCAUCAAGUCCUGUCUGGCAUGUCUGGCAUCUUACUGUGAAACUCACCUCCAGCCUCACUAUGAAUUUCCUGGCUUUAAAAAACACAAACUGGUCAAAGCCACUGAAAACCUGCAGGAGAAGAUCUGCUCUAAUCACGACAAACUGCUGGAGGUUUUCUGUCGUAGCGAUCAGCAGUGUAUCUGUAUGCUGUGUGCGAUGGAUGAACACAGAGGCCAUGAUACAGUCUCAGUGGUAGCAGAAAGGACUGAGAAACAGAAGCAGCUGGGGGUGACACAGAGUAAGUUCCAGCAGAGAAUCCAGGAGAGAGAGAAGGAGCUGCAGGAUCUGAGACAGGCUGUGCAGUCACUCAAGCGCUCUGCACAGACAGCAGAGGAGGACAGUGAGAGGAUCUUUACUGAGCUGAUCCGCUCCAUUGAGAGAAGGCGCUCUGAGGUGAAAGAGCUGAUCAGAGAUGAGGAGAAGGCUGAAGUGAGUCGGGCUGAAGGACUCCUGGAGCGACUGGAGCAGGAGAUUGCUGAGCUGAGGAGGAGAGAGGCUGAGCUGGAGCAGCUUUCACACACAGAGGAUCACAUCCAUUUCCUCCAGAGCUGUCAGUCCCUCUGUGCCCCUCCUGGACCUGGAGACUUACCCAGCAUCCCUGUCAGUCCAAACGUCUCUUUUGAGGCUGUGAGGAAAUCUGUCUCUGAACUGAAAGAGCGACUGGAGGAUGUUUUCAAGGCGGAGUUCAAAGUUUGUGGAAGAGGCGGUCUGAGAUCAGAAGCAAGGAGCUAACCAAAGUCUGCAGAAGAACUGUGGCAAGUUUUCCUGCAUGCUUGGAACAACCUCCCUGCUGAUUGUCUUCUUGUACUUCAGGACAGCGUUGGCUAUCUCAGAGAAGUGAUACAGUUUUAAUGCCGAAGGGUGGUCACAAAAUGUAGGUUUGAUUCAGUUUUUAACUAUUCUGCCAAAUUAAUCAAAUGUAAUGGAAAGUGUAUAGUACGUUUAUUUAGAACCUUUUACUGAAUUAUUUUUGAAAGAAUCUUAUCUGUGCAGAAUGUUAUACAGGUGCCUAAGACUUUUGCACUGUACUGUGUAUUACCAAUGAGAGGGGUGUGUGACAUUUCAGUCUGUCUCACAGGUUAUAUAUUAUUAAUGAGAGGGGUGAGUGACAUUUCAGUCUGUCUCACAGGUUAUAUAUUAUUAAUGAGAGGGGUGAGUGACAUUUCAGUCUGUCUCACAGGUUAUAUAUUAUUAAUGAGAGGGGUGAGUGACAUUUCAGUCUGUCUCACAGGUUAUAUAUUAUUAA